GAAAGCGAACGGACUGGUCAAACACUGAAAGGAUUAACCCAAAACUCAUCAGUGUACCAUCACAAGCAGAAGUUAUUCCACUUAUGCAAUGCGCUCUCUGGUUGUUAUAGUCUUUAUCGCUCAGCUUCUGAAGGCGACAUGGCAGCAGAUUCCCAGACAGUGUGCUACCAGUGAAGCUUUGGCCUCAAGGCAGUGCUGUCCUGUUUGGGGUGGAGACGGCUCAGCAUGCGGAGCUCGCUCGGGUCGGGGAGUUUGCCAGGACGUGUCCGUGUCCGAGCAGCCCGAUGGCCCACAGUACCCGUUUGAAGGUCUGGAUGACAGGGAGAGAUGGCCUCUCACCUUUUUCAACCGCACUUGCCGUUGUUUCAGAAACUUCAUGGGUUACGACUGCAGUGAAUGCACCUUUGGUUACUUCGGGUCAGCUUGCACUGAAAGACGGGAGACGGUCCGAAGAAAUAUUUUCCAUCUUUCAAAUGCAGAAAGGCAAAAGUUUAUCUCUUAUCUUAAUUUAGCUAAAAAUAGUAUCAGCCAAGAUUAUGUUAUAAUCACAGGCAUCUACAACCAAGUAAGUAACUCAUCCAGCCCAAUGUUUAAAGAUGUUUCCAUCUAUGACUUGUUUGUCUGGUUACAUUAUUAUGUUUCCCGACCUGCUCUACUUGGAGGAGAGAACAAUAUAUGGAUGCAAGUAGAUUUUGGACACUGGGCCCCAGGCUUCUUGCCAUGGCACAGGGUGUUUCUGCUUCGCUGGGAGCAUGAGAUAAGGAAAUUAACGGGGGAUUUUGACUUUGCCAUUCCAUACUGGGACUGGAGGGAUGCACAGGGGUGUGAGGUUUGCACAGAUGAACUCAUGGGCGCACAAAGUUCUCUAGAUCCUAACCUCAUCAGCCCAUCAUCUGUUUUCUCCUCCUGGAAGGUGAUUUGCUCCAGAGAACCACAAUAUAGUCUGAGCGGUAUCUUGUGUAAUGGCACAGAGGAAGGACCAUUACUGCGCAACCCUGGGAACCAUGACUGAAACCUGGCAGAUGGGCUUCCUUCAUCCUCCGAUGUAGACUUCACUCUCAGUCUGUCCCAGUAUGACACAGGACCAAUGGACCGCAUGGCCAAUAUGAGCUUCAGGAACACACUAGAAGGAUUGGGAAAUCCUCGCACAGGUCUUGGGAACAGCAGCAAACUUGGCAUGCAUGCAGCACUGCACGUCUUCAUGAACGGCACCAUGUCCUCCGUGCAGGGCUCAGCCAAUGACCCAAUAUUUCUCCUACAUCAUGCCUUUGUAGAUAGCAUCUAUGAGCAGUGGUUGAGAAGGUACCAGCCAGAAAAGUCUCACUAUCCUACAGCUAAUGCACCAAUUGGCCACAACAGUGAAUACUACAUGGCACCCUUUAUGCCUCUCUAUCAGAAUGGGGACUACUUCAGUUCCAGCAAAGAAAAAGGCUAUGAAUACUCUUACCUCCAAGACCCUGGUCAGAGAUUUGUAGAUGACAUCGUGUCCUAUCUGGAGGAAGCGCGUGGACUCUGGCCCUGGCUCCUGGGUGCAGCGGUCUUAGGCGCAGUGUGUUGUGCAGUCAUGGCUCUGGUACUGACUAAAAUCCGCAGACUUUUAUCCACACGAGCGAAAAGGAGUUCUGAAAAGCAGCCGCUCAUCAGCAGCUCCGAGGCCUCUUCCGAUUCUUACCAAGCCUUGAUGUCGUGAAGCAUGUAACCGCUAGGUGGCGACAAUGUCCCUAAAGCCCUAUCCACCGACAUCAAUUAUUCAUGUUUUUUUAUUUUUUGUAUUCUUAAUCCUACUUGCUUGAACAUGAUGCUACAAUAAAAGCCAUUAAUGUUCCUGUUUAAUCUACUGAUGUGAUUAAAAUGUUUUAAACGUUGUGUUUUACGUCAAUUGUGCGUCAGUUAUUUCCUGGACAAUUCUAUAAGGAAACAACCACACAACAUUUGAUCACAACACUGUGUAGUUGUUAGUGUCCUGACUCCAAAUACAAUCAUUGAGGUUGUUUAUUGUGGUAUUAAAAAUACACAUCAUGAUGCAGACUGAUUUUGUAUUACUAGAGCAUAUAAGCAAGUUUCCACUCAGUGUAGCA